AUGUCAAAUCUGGGGACACCUCACGCCCCAAUAUUAAGUCGAUGUCUCGCAAGCGAUUCUUCGCAUGGCUGUUCCUGGGAAGACAUGAAUGUCGCCGAUACCAACGCUUACACGACGCGUCCGGACUCAGGCGUCACGAGAACUUACGACUUCACUAUCACGAGAGAGACAGCUGCUCCAGAUGGCGUGGAAACGAAAUUACUUCUUGUGAACUCGCAAUUCCCGGGGCCAGUGGUGGAGUGUGACUGGGGAGAUUGGCUUGAAAUUACAGUUCACAACAACAUCUCGGAUGAGGGUACGGCAAUACACUGGCAUGGCAUGCUACAACAAGGGACACCUUGGAUGGACGGUGUGCCGGGUAUCGCUCAAUGUCCAAUAGCGCCCGGCUCCUCAUUCACCUACCGGUUUAAGCCCGAUCUAUACGGUACCGGUUGGUAUCACUCACACUACGAAGCGCAGGCAGUGAGUGGCUUCGCUGGCCCCAUGAUAAUUCACGGCCCAACUCACGUCGACUAUGACAUCGAUCUGGGCCCGAUUGCUGUCUCAGAUUACUUCCACGAGUACUAUGACGUGAUCGCCGAAGGAUUUCUGAACAACAAAGUCGAAGUCACCCUGUCUGAUAACAACCUGAUCAAUGGGAAGAACUCAUACAACGGCAACAAUGCUCCUCUGGCGUCCUUCAACUUUACAUCGGGAAAGAUCCAUCGGUUACGGCUGAUCAACACGUCAGCAUUCGCUGUGCAAAAGAUAUCUAUUGACGGGUACAACAUGACGAUCAUGGCGAACGACUUCGUGCCGAUCGUCCCCUACUCAACCGACGUCGUAACCCUCGGCCCCGGCCAGCGCUCCGACGUCCUAGUCCACGCAACCGGCAAACCCACCGACUCGGUCUGGCUGCGAACCUACAAACCGCCCAACUGCUCCCCGGGCAAGCACGGCUCGUACCUCGCCACCGCCGCAAUCUUCUACGAAGCGGCCGACCGCACACAACCCCCCACCACCUCCCCCGGCCCCAGCGCGUACAACUCCUACUGCGGCAACGACCCCCUCCCCCUCACCAUCCCCGCCCACCCCCUCUCCCCGGGCCCUCCCAGCGUGACCGAGAACCUCCCCAUCGAGCUGCGCCCCAACGGCUCGUCCAACCUCUGGUACAUGGCGAACCGGACCUUCCGCGUGGACUUCGACUCGCCGCAGCUCCUGGGCGCGCGCGACGGCCGCCGGGAGUUCCCGCGCAUCCAGAACGUCCACGACUACGGCGCCAACGCGUCGCUGCGCUUCGUGAUCCAGAACCCCGGCGUCCAGCCGCACCCCGUGCACGUGCACGGGCACAACUUCUGGGUGCUGCAGACGGGGGCGUGCGAGGACAACGAGACGGUUUUCCCGCACGGGCAGGCGGAGUUCGCGAGGGUGUACUCGCCGGGGGAGGCGAGCGAGCGGUUUGGUGGUGGUGGUGGUGGUGGUGGUGGUGGUCCGGGCGGUCAGGGGUAUCACCCUCGACUGGAUGUCGAUCCUGGGGCAGGUGUAGACGACGAGGCGCACCGAGAGAAGGUGGAGGAGGAGGAGCGAAGGCGGCGGGAUGUGCCGUUGAUGAAAAAUUGGACGGCGACGACGACCACCACCACCGGUGACUACGGCUCCUGCUGGGACGGCUCCAUCGUCAACCCGGGCAACCCGCAGCGCCGCGAUGUGCAGAUGCUGUUGCCGGCCCAUUAUAUUGUUAUCCAGUGGGACCAGGAUAACCCGGGCGUGUGGCCUUUGCAUUGUCACAUUGCCUGGCACUUAGCCGGCGGUAUGGGAUGGAUGAUCUUGGAGCGGCCGGACGACUUUCUGGAUAAUAUGGAUGUCAGUGAUGCUAUGGCGCAGACUUGCGAUGGGUGGCAUGCUUGGGGUGCUGAUAAUGUUGUUGGUCAAAUUGGUGGUGGUUUGUGA